UACAACUUCACCUGAAUGCAUCACAGCAUUGCUUUACUUUACUAAGUUCGUAGAUAAGUUUGUGCAAAACCAGCUGCCUUUUUGCGUAUAAAUCCAAGAUGUAAAGCUUAGUUUUUGUUAUAUGUGUGACGUAAACUUUAAAGACGUCCUGCUCUUCGCUUUUGUCACCGCUGUAAGUCAUAAACAUACAGUCGAACUGAGAUUGAUGGUGGAGCCAGCGGAGCGAAAAUUGUAUGGAUUCAAACGGGAACAUCAUGCUAGCAAGCUAACGAGGACAUGAAUUGGCUUUAGGUUCUCCUCUUCCUCCACCGAAGGACAGCAACAGGAAGUAACACUACUGACAUGGAGGGUACCGGGGAGAUCAGCGACUCGGACAGCGGCAUCAUCCUUCACUCAGGAUCUGACAGCCCAACGACACAUACGAAGGAUGUAACACACACUCGGGCCAUAAAGCUGAAACAGCAGGAACUGCAAGAUCACCUGGAGAGAUGCUUACUGGAGCUGAGGGGGCUGUGCAUCCGAGAAGCUGAGUUGACAGGUCAGCUGUCUAAGGAUUAUCCUCUCCAGUCGGGAGAGAAGCCUCCUCGGAUCCCCAGACGCAUUGGAGCCUCCUUUAAACUGGAUAAACAAAUCAUCCCUCAGGGAUCACAGGACUCUAUUCUGAAUUUAAGUCACGCUGACCUCGCUAUUCAAACUAAGAUUUAUGAAGCAACACGCAAGCUCUACCAAGAGGAUCACCUGAGCAAGGCUGUGAAGAAGAACCGAUUGCAGCAAUGCAAAAACGAGGAAAAGAAGCUGAAGCAGCUGCAGGAGGCAACCUUCAAGUUGCAACUGGAGCACGGUCGGUCAUCGCCGCGCCCUGUUCUCAUCAGUACGCAACAAGAUCUCGGCACAUCUGAUGACAGCUCUUUAUCUGAUUCUUUAGUACAAGAUGAAGAUGUCACAAUUCAUUCCUCACAGCCAUUCUCAGGACUCCCGUAUUCGGUGGAAACUGAUUCUCCACAGUCCUCCCCUGUGUCCAUACGUUCCUACACAGACAGAUCCCAGAUGUCUCCAUUUGUGGCUCCAGGGUCCCCGCUGGUGAACUUCUGUCACUCUCCCUCUCCAAGCCUUGACUCUAAUUUGAGUUCGACCUCUACCCCUGUUAGCGAGUUGCCUCCCAUCCAGAACUCUCCUUGGUCAGAGUCUAGUCUUGACCAGCCUUAUGAGAAGACCAAAAAGUCACGCUCUUCCAGCAAGAUGAGCAGUCCAGCCAAAUCUGACGUGUUACCUCCACUGGAUCCUUGUUUAAUACCAUCGCCGUUACCACAGCAGCUUUCUCAUCUGAGGCUGAGCCAAGCCCAGUCAAACAGUGCCCCCUCCACACCAGAAAUGCGAGUGCACAGACAGCUCUCCCUCAGACUGUCCAGCCCUGAAUCUUCAUCGUUUUAUAAGGAGCGCGGUCGAAGCAGGGGUCCACGGAGGCGACUGACAGAUUUUGGAAUAACGUUUGCAGAGACUCCUUCCCCUCAACCUAACUAUGGAAUCCAUGCUAGCUCUGAGGAUAGCAACUCUGAGAAGUCUUACUCUUCUCACGGCAGCUCCCCGUGUCAGGAUCUGCCUGCUGCUGAUUUACCCAAAGACUAUCAAUCUGGAUAUUCGCUCGGUCUUCCGGUCGGCAGCUUUGGACAGCACAUCAUUCCAUCCCCGAGCUUUCACUCUAACAGACACAUGCUGGUCCCUGAUUUUCAAAGAUCUUGUUACAGAGAAGAAGUGGCCUACCUAUCUGAUGCAGACGUGGCUCAAAGCCGUUUCCUGCAGCAAGCUAAUCGCCCUCCUUUCAACUGUUGGCACGAAGACUAUGUUUUACCCCAACAGAGACCACAAAGGCAUUUACCUCCUGGUGUCAGACUCGCACCGCUAGCAAACUCACACCACUACCACAACCCCAACCAUCUUUCGCAACAAAAAGUGAAUGAACACCUGAAAUCGUGGCACCAGAGGAGCCAGCUCAGACCUCCACGGUCUCGCUCUCUGGACCGACAGCAAGCAGCCCUGAUGAAGAGCAUGACGGAGAAACCCUGCAACCAGAGUCACAUGUACUGUGACCAAAUGAUUCAACGGAGUUCGGUCCAAAGAGCUGCUGACGAUCCUGCCGGCCCUUGGAUUGUGGACGUUGGCUCCUACUUUAUGAGCCAAGUGUAAAGAGAAGAACAUGUCUGCCAUGGUGGAAGUGUUAACAGACUGCUGGUUUUAAAAAUUUCCCUCAAAGGAUCAUAAAUGUUGAUCAAAGAUGGUGACAGAACUAACCAACAUAAUGUAAUGCCAUGUGGUUACUAAUUUAAGAAUUCUUCUGUAAAUUAAGUUACAUAUUAUUUUUUUUCACUUUGAGAAGGACAGAACUUUGUGUAUCACUACAUGUCAAACUGAGUUGUUUAUCUGAAUUGACUGAUUUGUGGUUCAGUUUCAGACACCUUUAUUGUGUAAUGACAUAUUCGUUAAUGGAUAUCAAACUAUGAGUAAAUGUUAGUUGGCAGAAUGAUUAAAACAGCUACUUUUACAUACAACACAAGUACAAGCACUAAAAUACUUGAUCAGAAAUCAGUUAGGAAUGGCACAUUUUUAAUGAGAUUACUUUUAAUAAACUACAAAAUCUACUUUUCCUUCUGUUCUUUUCAACAUCAUUAUUUUUAUCUGUAUCUUGUACUAUUUUUUUUCUGUUUUGUUACGUCAGGUAAAUAAAACUAACCAAUGCUAUCAAUAAAUAGAAACAAGGUACUAACAAAGGAUUUACAGACUAACUGUUGGCAGAAUGUCAAUGCUUGGCAGCUAUAAGACAAACUGAAAACUUUAUAUCUUUAGUUUUGUAACUUUAUCAUUUCCGGUCUGUUAUUUACUUUUUUUUAUGUAAUAGUGUUUUUUUUCCUCUAUUUUUUGUGUGGCCCUCUUUUAGCUGCAAUUUAUGAAUUGAAAUUGAACAGAUCCCUACAGAUUUGCCUUUUUUGUAACCACUGAUAGCAGCUCUAAACAGUCAUUAGAUGUUCAGGUUUCUUUACCUCAUAAACAUACGUUGAUGAGGAGAUACUGCUAUAAUUCAAUUUCUAGUUUUACCAGUGUCGCAGUAAUCUAACUGCACAUUCACAUUUCACACCACUGGAUUUGCAAUACGCAAGACUUGAAAUUAAAG